AUGUAUCUAUCUAUCUAUCUAUCUAUCUAUCUAUCUAUGCUUGUUUCCUCUUACCUUCAUAUGACGCAAGGAAAACGCGAUGGGACGGGACGCCUGUGGGAGAAACACAAUUCAAACAGUACACCGUCCUGCAAUGUUUCAUCAUCGAACGUCUCCACUCCGUUGGAUGUGCGCCUUGUCGACUCCAACUAUCUCCUGCAACUUAUAAAUGAAGAGGAUGCAGGUACCCUCGACCUGGACAGUUAUUUGGAAAUGUACCGGUUCCUUCGAGAACGGAUCACCAUCAAUGUCAGUGGACAGGUUUAUGAGAUCUGGAAGGACACGCUGGAGCAGCACCCCGACACUCUGCUCGGCAACCCGCAAAAAAGAGCUAAGUAUUUCGACCGGGGCCGACAGGAGUAUUUCUUUGACCGUCACCGACCGAGUUUUGAUGCCAUAUUCUUCUAUUACCAAAGUGGCGGUAAGCUUCGACGCCCGGAUUCGAUUCCGGACGAUAUUUUCCUCUCAGAGAUUGAAUUCUUCGAGCUGGAAAAGGACCAAAUCGCCAAUUACAAAAAAUGUGAAGGCUAUGUUGAGGAGAAAAUUGUUUUACCUGAGCGACCUUGCCAAAGGAAAUUAUGGAUAUUACUUGAAUACCCCGAGUCAUCAGUGGUGGCCUAUGUAAUCGGUAUUGUAUCUGUUUUUUUAACAUUGACGUCUAUUGUUUUGUUCUGUAUAGAGACACUUCCUCAUUUUUCAAAAAAUGAUUGUGGUGAAAAUGAAGACGAGACAUACCCGGAUAUGUUCUUCUUUACCGAAACUGUGUGUACAAUCUGUGCUAUCUAUUUCGCAGAAACAGAGCUUCCUGACUCACAGAUUCAGAGCAUUCCUGAUGGUUUUUGGUGGGCUCUCAUCACCAUGACUACAGUGGGGUACGGCGAUCGUGUACCCGUUGGGUUUUUGGGAAAGGUCAUUGGGUCAAUGUGUGCCGUAGCAGGCGUAUUAACCCUGGCCAUCCCUGUUCCAAUUAUUACAGAGAAUUUCAAUAAGUUUUACGCUCACCGGGCAAGGAAUGCAGGGAUACCAGAUACUGAAUAG